GGUGGGGUAGAGUGCAGAAACGGUGCCAUGGUGCUCUUUCCGCCCGCUUCUUCGCCCUCCCCUCCUCCCCCCUCCCUCUCACUCUGCGUCCUCCUCUUCCUCUUCCUCCUCCUCCUCAUCAUCAAUUCGCGUCCCUCGCACUCCAGACUAUUACAUAACUUCAUAAGAAUCAUGGAUAGGGUAAUGACGGGAGAAGGCAUGGAUGAAAAGGGCUGGCGUCGACUUGCUCGUAUCAACCAGCAACUCCAGCCGAAGGGCAUUCCGAGUCUCCUUUCUCCAAGUCAGUUGGAGAGCAUGCCUACGCUUGGGGUUGGCCUUCCUGCAUUGGAUAUAGCAUCCGCCUUUCCGCAAGCAACACCAGCAUCAACAUUCCCCACAUCAGUGUCAGACUAUUUUGGACUAGAAGAUCUCUUAUCACCGGAGGAUGUCGCACUUCGUAAGCGUGUGCGAAGAGUGAUGGAGGAGCACGUUGCACCUGUUGUGACCAAGUAUUGGGAGAAGGCAGAGUUCCCGUUUGAGAUCAUUCCACACCUUGCCAGCCUCAAGAUCGCUGGUGGAACUAUUAAAGGUUACGGAUGUCCGGGGCUUUCAAUAUUGAGUCAUGCGUUGGUGGGUGCCGAGAUUGCACGUGUAGAUGCAAGCUGUUGCACUUUUGCUCUUGUGCACUCCAGCCUGUGCAUGUCCACCAUCGGGAUGUUGGGGAAUGAGGAACAGAAACAAAAGUAUCUACCGAGUCUUGCUCGUUUUGAUACUAUUGGUUGUUGGGCAUUAACGGAACCCGCUUAUGGGAGUGAUGCAAGUUCACUUAAUACAACAGCAGUGAAGGUGGAAGGAGGAUGGCUCUUGAAUGGUCAGAAGCGGUGGAUUGGCAACGCUACAUUUGCAGAUAUAGUGGUUGUGUUUGCACGCAACACACAAACGAACCAGAUUAACGGGUUUAUUGUGAAGAAAGGGACACCAGGUUACAGGGCUACCAAAAUCGAGAAUAAAAUUGGAUUGCGGAUAGUACAGAAUGGUGACAUCAUCAUGAAGGAUGUAUUUAUACCCGAUGAGGAUCGCUUGACUGGCAUCAACUCUUUCCAGGAUACGAACAAGGUGCUCGCUGUCUCUCGAAUUAUGGUGGCAUGGCUCCCAAUUGGCGUUUGUAUGGGUGUGUAUGACAUCUGUUACAGAUACUUGCAAGAAAGGAAACAGUUCGGAGCCCCGUUAGCAGCCCUUCAAAUCAACCAAGAAAAACUUGUGCGGAUGCUUGGGAACAUUCAGGCAAUGUUUCUGCUUGGCUGGAAGCUUUGUAAAAUGUAUGAGAGUGGCAAGAUGACUCCUGGGCAAGCUAGUCUUUGCAAGGCGUGGAAUACACUGCGAGCUCGAGAGACAGUCGCCUUAGGCAGGGAGCUACUGGGGGGAAAUGGAAUUCUAUCAGAUUUUCUUGUUGCCAAGGCUUUUUGCGAUAUUGAGCCAAUUUAUACCUACGAGGGAACAUACGACAUUAACACCCUGGUUACAGGACGAGAGAUUACAGGAAUUGCAAGCAUUAAGCCUUCGGCCUCCGGCAAAAUCAAGGGUUUUACGGCGUCUCAGAAGUAGUUCACCACUUGAGGUAGACUUUGGUAAUCACAGAACUAGCAUAUCUGGAUCAUGUAAGUUAGCCAUGCAUGUGCGGGGAAUGCGAAGGUCACGGACUGGGAAAGCCUCGCCAGCUACGGAAGAUAUCAUAAGAAUUUCUCAACAUGUAAUACAACUUUCGACGCUCUUGGUGUUUAUCUCGCACAUAUAAUUCAACGUUGAUUGCGUAUCUUUACUGAUACCAGAAAGGGA